AUGUCUGCCAAUAUCAAGCUCGUCGGAAAGCCCAUCGGCCCCGUCGGCUAUGGGCUCAUGGGCUUGACCUGGAGGCCCAACCCACAACCAGCCGAGGACAGCUUCAAAGCCAUGGAGACGGCAUUGGCGCAGGGGGCCAACUUUUGGAACGGCGGCGAACUGUACGGCCCGCCGGAGCGACACUCGUGCCAUCUGCUCCACGAAUAUUUCAAGCUCCACCCAGGCGAUGCGGACAAAGUGGUGCUCAGCAUCAAAGGUGGCACUCUCCCAGGGCAGAUGAAACCCGACGGCUCGGCCAAGAACGUCCGACGCAGUGUCGAGGACUGCUUGAAGAUCCUGGACGGGACCAAGACCAUCGACAUCUUCGAAUGCGCCCGCCUCGACCACGACGUACCGCUGGAAGAGACGAUCGGCACGCUCGCCGAGCUCAAGAAGGAGGGCAAGAUCGGCGCCAUUGGCCUGUCGGAAGUCAAGGCCUCGACCAUCGAGCGGGCUCACAAGAUCCAUCCAAUCGCGGCCGUGGAAGUCGAGGUGUCUCUCUGGACGACCGACAUCCUGGGCAACGGCGUCGCUGCGACGUGCGCGAAACUGGACAUCCCCAUCGUCGCGUAUAGUCCUCUCAGCCGCGGAGCGCUGGCCGGUGAGAGCAUCAGACGCAACGCCGAUAUCCCAGAGGGGGACUUCCGCAAGAUGUUGCCACGGUUCCAGGACGAUGUCCUCGAAUAUAACAACCAAAUCGUGGAUGAGGUCGAAAAGCUGGCCAAGAGGAAAAGUGUGACAAAAGCUCAGAUCGCCAUCGCCUGGGUCCGAGCCCUCAGUGGACGAACCAUCACUACGGAGGAUGGGCAACAGCUCACGCUGGGGGUUAUUAUACCCAUUCCCGGCGCCACCAAGCCGGAGCGGGUGAUCGAGAACACGAAGCACGUGGAACUGUCGGAGGAGGAGAUGAAGGAGAUUGCGGACAUCUUGAAGAAGAAUCCGAUCAAGGGCGAUCGGUAUCCGAAGACGGGAAUGGCUCACGUCAAUAUGUAG